AUGUCAAUGCUGAGUUCGUACUUAGUGCUAGGCAUUGUGGACGAGCUUGGAGAGCGAAAGGCCGACCGGGCAGGCGAGACACGGACUAGCCGCGUAGUCCCUCGCUCAGUGGCUGUGCAUGCCCAAGUGCCAUUUCUAGGCGUCGUUUCGGCUGCAAGAGAAACCUCCACAAGCUGUAGGAUGGAGCUGGUGGAGGACGAGCCGGCUACGGGCAAAACGCUCUAUGAUGUAAACAACGAUGGCGAGAUCGUGCGACGUUGGAUCGAAAUGGUACUGGGCGACAAACUACAAGGUAAUCUCCCAACAGCACUGUACUCGGGCGAAUUGCUUUGCGACUUAGUGAACAAAGUGUACAAGGCGCUGGGUAUGAAAAGCCAGAUUAAUCCCAUGCGAAGUUCGGGCAACGACGAUAGCGUAAGAAACAAUUUACGCGAAUAUCUGCGAGCUUGUGAGGUACUUGGCGUCGCGCGUCAGUAUUUGUUCGAGCCAAAUGACCUUAUACAGCUCAAGGAUAUUGAUAAAGUUUACAGCAACAUUCUUGCGCUGCAGUCAGUGGCGAUAUCACUUUCAAAUCGCCGCUCGAUUGAUGAACGAAGCUCUACAAUCAUCAUACCGGACUGGCCUUUAUUGUCGGAGAAUGGUGAAUUUGCCGACGAAGAGAUUAUGGAGACAGACGAUUUGGACUUGAUUUCACCUCAAGCUGUUCAGAUGCUUCAACAAUCGCGAUGGGAGCGACUAUUAUCUGAAUACGAGUAUCAACAACAGAGACACGAAGAGCAAGAUCGAGCUGAUGAUUCUUUAGCAUCUGAAGGUCUAGGACCACUUGCGCAUGGUAUUUGGCGCACAGAAGAGCGUAUUCGAGCCCUCAUAAUGCGUGACGAUCAAGAUUUUGGAGCAGUACCAGAAGGCUUACAUGGUAAGCUCUGGAUGUUAGCAUCAGGUGCUCUUGUGGAAAUGAGGAAACAAAAGGGUCAGUACGAGCGCUUAGUAUCGUUGGAACUGGAGAAUACAGAGGCAAUACGGCAGAUUGAUGUCGAUGUGAAUCGGACGAUUCCGGAAGAGGAUAAAGAACUGUGGACCGACGAGAAAUUAAAGAUGAUGCGACGUAUAUUAGUUGCGUAUUCCUUCCACAAUCCAGGUCUGGGUUAUUGUCAAGGUCUGAAUUAUAUUGUGGCACGAAGCUUGCAGUAUUUAUCGGAAGAAGAAUCGUUUUACUUGCUCAUUGCGAUCAUUAGGCUUGUGCCCGAUGACUACUACACGACAAUGCUGGGACUGGCAGUGGACCAACAUGUAUUCGCAGAUCUUGUACGCCUUCAGUGCCCGGAUAUUACUGAGCAUUUGGCAGAGCUUGGUGGUUCUGGAAUGGAGCUUUCGCUUGCAUGUACAGAGUGGUUUCUGACACUCUUUGCUAGUCCCUGCGCGAAAGAAGUUACAUUCAAGAUUUGGGAUGCGAUUUUUCUUCAAGGUGAUGAGAUUCUGUUUAAGGUAGCAUUGGCAUUGCUACAACAAGAAAAAACUGAACUUCUUGCGUGCAAGACUUAUGGAGAUAUGCUCAAACGUUUGAAUGAUCUUGGUCGAGGAGAAAUCGAUGCUUUGGCUUUGAUGCGCGUUUCAAAGAAUCAGGAAUGUGUAGUUCGUGGCCGAAUCGAAGACUUUAGAGCUCACCACCGUCUUCAGCUGGCAUCGGAUAUUGUUGCCUCGACUGUCAACACUGAUGAUUCACGAAGCUCCACAACUGGACGGCGAAGUUCAGAAACGAGGUCAGAGCCUAGAAUGCGAAUAUUCGGCCGCAAAAAGCAAGGUAUAUUUCGCCACAUGGACAAAAUUCCCCCUCGCUUGGCCAGAACAUUCGGCCGAACACUCACCGAGGAAUACAUAGAAGCAAUUCGACACGAGCAUCCUAACUUUGCUCAGUAUUAUGAUGGAGGUCCGCCUCAGGUUAAGGAAGAAUAUUGGGGAUCGGCAAGUUGUAGUCCGCGGAGACGUGCAAGUGGUGGUCGUCGAGAAUGCAUAGACGGAUUUGCCGUCAGUAGCAUAAAAGAGAACGAAGCGGAUCAUGCAAUUGGUGAACCUCGCUUGAUUAGUCGCCGCGCGACUUCGAACACAUUUGAGGAUCGUGGAGUUGAGCAGACCCGCGACCGUCGCAGCAAGAGUUCCGGCGUCAUGCACGAUGGAAAGAUCCAUAACAAAAGUGCAAUGGCUGCACUGAGUAGUCGUCAAGAAAAUGUUCGCGAAGAAGAUUUUCAUUUGAUUGGAAAAACGCCAAUGGCGUGGAUUCAGCGCUUAGAAGAAUGGCACAAAGAUUUAAAAUCUCAAAAAGAAAAGAAAAAAGCCGAAAAGCGAUUACGUCGCAAUCAGCGCUUAGACCAUGUCAUUCCUGGCUCCAAGAGCGGACAAUUGGACGUAAAUACUACGUGGUUGAGCGAUGCCAUUGACGCGUCCACGCGACCAGCAAAUCAAACUCAAGAUAAUGAAGGUUUUACUAAUAGUUACAGAAGGAGAUCGAAUGAUUUCCAGCGGUCUUCUACCGAAAACAUUGCAUUACUGGAAGAGCCGUCGCUUUCGCGUUCGUAUUCGGACCCUUUUCGGUCCCCUCCCAGCGUUGAGGGGGCGCGUCUGGUUAAACAAUCGAGUGAUACGAUAUACCGUGACGCUGACCAAGUCUCGACGUUGCCUCACGAGUCAUUAAAAGGUGAUAUUGAUGAGAUCGCACGGACACUCAACCUAGAAGAAGUACGGAAAGUUAGUCAAAGCAGAAGUGGACGGGCUUCUCGUGGAUUAAGUGACCAAAGCACAUUGUCGAGGAGCACCAAUUCGUACGUCAACACAGCUUCAUUUAAUUUGGAUUUGCAGGAAGAAACCUCAAAUGAGACAAGUUUGAACCGCUCACUUGACGAGAAGGAUGCAAAAGAGGAAUUACAAGGCGUGAGCCCAACAUUAGCACAACUGACAAAGCCACUGGCACAUGAGUGUUUAUACUCGCCAGUAAACUGCCAAUUAAGUUCAAUGGACUUAUUAACUGAAGGGGCUGGAACGUGUUCCUUGCCUCAAAUGCAAAGAAUUGAGUCUCAUCUCGAUGACGACUCGCUUGCUCUAUAUAAGCAUCCACAUAAGCCUAGGUUGGACUGCUCUCAGACGAUGCGAGAGCGUGCUCAAGUCCUCCAGUACAUGCAUCGAAAGGCUAGCGAUGCCAGUAGUAUCGCGGGAAGCAUUCCACGUAGUCCAGCUCGCCUUAGCGAGAGUUCUAGUGACUCUUCUCGAUUUGCAGACUAUACCAAGUCCAUGCCAUUUCGAAAAAGCUCGUUCUCAUUCUUUGAUAAACUAUCAAGUGAUUUGGAAAAUAGUGCUCACGGACUUGACAGUCUGGUGGAUGAGUCGGAGUUUAAAACCGACAGCAUUGGCCGAGAGUCCAUGUCUUCGGUCGCGACUGAACGAGGCGAUUGGUUUGAUGGAAAUAUGGGCAAAGCAUACGAUGGUAAGAAGCGGUGGAAUGAGACGAUCCUAGCAACGACAGCUCGGGAUUCCGCGACCGGCGGACGGCAUGCUGCUACAAAGAAACGUCUAUCAGGCCGAACGCAUAAGUUGAGUGUGGCAAUGCGACAUGUGGAUGAUGAAACGCGAAAUGAAGUACGGAGUGCUCGAUUAGACGCACUCGAAGCUGAUAAUUUCGGCGAAGAUAUUGAAGAUGGUGUCGGAACACAAGAUGGAGAUGAAACGUACAUUGAUGAAGAAGAAAGAGACGUUAAAUUCAUAUCUGGUGGGCGAGAAACCAGUAGGAAGAGCAGGAGGACUGUUAUUCCGGGAAAAAAGAAGUGGAAGGUGAAAAGUUUAGCUCAGUUGGUGUUCGAGGAAUUGGGCAACGGCGAAAAUGCAGAGAAACCUAAUUAUCUGACAGUGGCGGCAGGCCCUUCGACAUUUCCGGCACGAAAGUUUUGCUGCGUGUGUGGAUUUUUCGCCAACUACUCAUGCCGACGAUGUGGAUCAAAAUACUGUAGUGUGGGGUGUGAAAACCACCACAAGGAGAGCGGCUGUAUGAAGUUUGGGCUGUAA